AUGUGGUGUUUUGAUACAAUGGGUGAAGGUAAUCUGCAGUAUUGGACAGACUUAGAACUGAAGACGGUGAUCUCUCUGAUGCCUUCUCCACCUACACUUAUCCCAUCUUUCUUCGAUGAGGUCAAGAGUGCUCUACCUUCAAAGACCAGAGGAAAAAUUGUGAGCUACUUCUACAACGUGACACUUUUGCAGUUUAGAGAAAAUCAGAGUAGAAUGACUCCUGAUGAGAUAGACAGUGAUGCUGAUACACAAUACAAGGUUGCAAACCUAGAAGCAAACACAUCACAGAAACCCGUCAUGCUUACACCUAAGAAAAGAAGGCAUCCAUAG